AGUAAAACGGUUUAAUAGAAAUAUAAUUAAAAAAAAAAAUCUUACACUUUUUAGUUAACUAUAUAAAUUAUGAUCUGAUAUUUAAAAGUUUUCUAAAUUUAGAGCUUAAACAUGUAUAAAUGUCAGUAACUUCAAAACUAUUACUAUUUUUAAAAAUAUACUGUUAAUAUUUUUUGAAUAAAAAAUAAUAAUUUGAGUUGAAACUGCACUACCAAUAAUAAUAACAAUUCGAUCUUGUAUUCUUCCCAGAGAAGUAUAAAGAGUUUUGCAAGCACAUGUAAAAAUCAUGAGCUCGAGUGAUUGUAGCAUAGUAAUCUCGUAGAGUUUGGUAUGUACACACAUUAUUUAUGGAUUCAAUUCUCUUUAGGAACUAAAUUAUCAUUGUUAGUUUUGGCUUCAAAUGAUUUACAUGGUGAAUCAUAACAGAUGAUCGGUUUACCCCCUUGCAUUAGUCGGAAGUUAUUCCAAACUCGAAUCAGCCGAUAGGGUUUAUCAGAAAAAAAAAUCACGAGCUGAAACCGAAUAAGUAUUUAUGUGAUGUACCUAAGUCGCUGUGUAAUGCUAAAGCGGUACAACCAGGGACGAACCUAUUAAGUUCAAUGCAAUUUUCAGAAGUUCAACAAAGUGACAAUAAGUUCAAGAGUUUAAGGUUCUAGAGUUUCAUAUAAAUAUAACUGUUAUGAGAAUGUGUUUUGUAACCUUGCUGCUCAUAGAAGCAGCCUCCAUUAAAGACUUUAUGAAAUCAAACGUUUGUUUUAGUUCUUGAACACAAACACAAAGCUUCUCCCUUUAUUGUUCUUUGCAUUUCAAUAAAGCUCUAUGAGCUAUCUUCACUACAAUAAAACUUAGUAAAGCUAUAAUCUUUCUAGGUUUCUCAAAUGUUAUCAGAACCCACUAAAAGCAUUGUGGGUUCAGUUGACACCCCUAAAAUGACCAACUUAAAUAAUGUGUUGAUUUUGUUAAGGAAUUCCUAGCAAAAAUGGUUGAUCUCUUUUCAUUGACACCCAAAACUUGAGUAAUUUUAAUGAAAAUAUAAUCUUAAAAUUCAAAAUUUUGAGUUAAUCAGAUUAAAUGUGAGAGGAUAUACAAGAUAAAUGAUUUUUGUGUAUAAAAAGUGAGAUGAAAAAUGUAGAUGUAGAUUUCUAGUAAAUUUAGAGCAUGGUUUUUGGUUAUGGUUAGUGAUAUUGAUGAAAAUGAUAAUUUCAUACAUAAGUAACGAAAAUAAGGAUGUAUGGGUAAAAACAAUCUAUUUUGAAAAAUAAAUAAAUAAAGUAAUGAUGUUUCAUUAAUUUUUUUUUUGAAAAAAUACUUUCAAAUUUAAAUUAAAACAAACGUUUACAAGAUAUCUUAUAGUGGAAAAAAAUUUAUAUGAAACAUAAUUCAUGAUAUGAACAAGCUCAUACCUAAGAAAACACCUAGGCCGGAACUAGUAAAGCCAAAAAAGAAAUGUAAAAGAAAUAGCUAACGAAAGAUAUUCAUUAAUUAUUUGAAUUUUUACAUUGUAUAUGAUAAAAAAAAUUCAAAAACAAAUAGUUAAUUUUAUGUUUGACCAUAAAUUUUAGAUCAUUUUUGAAAGAAACUCAACAAAAUAAGAAUAAUAGAUAGAGUAUUGAUUAUAGGAAUACCUUAAUAAUUUAUUUUAAAAGAUUAAUUAUUUUUAAAGUCUCAGUUAUUUGAAAAGAAAAUAAUCAGUUUUUAUAAAAUUCAUUUAUAUUUAUAAUUUGUAUAUUUGUCUUAAAAUCGUAAUAUAUAAAAAAAAUUGUUAAGUUAAUAUUGAAUUCAUUAGGUAUAUAUAAUUGAUCUUGUUAUAGUAUUAGUCAAAACUACCAGAUAAUACUAUAAAGACAUUUAGAUUAUAUAGUCUUUGUCAUUUGUAAAAACAUAACUGAGAAUAAAAGUUAUGAAAUAAAACGGUUGUUUUAUUUAAAGCGGUGUAACUGCCAUAAGCCAAUGCGUAUAUAGUUGGAUCUCAUUUAAAUAUGUGGAAAAUAGUCAAUAUAUGGUCAACAUCAUUAUUUAAGGGAUUAGUUUGGACUUUUGAAUAGGUUCCAAACAGCUCCUGAUUAAAAAAAAGAAGGAAAGUGAUGGAAAACGGUAGUUAUUCUCAAACUAUUUACCCAAAAAAUAAUAAAAUAAUUCGACGUCCUGAAUGUUUUAGCAACGUUCACAUUUACCAACGUGCACAUUUACCAGAAUGACGCGGCGAUCAGGUAGCUUUUUCCGUCCUACAAUAUUGAAUACGCAGUUUAUAUGUUGUGAUUGUGAAGCGAAACGGUCUUAUGUGAAACAAACGUGAUUAGUGUAGUUUUUGGCUUUUUGGGCACCUAAUUAGGCUAUAUAGCUAAUGCCAGACUGAGUAAGCAAUUUGAGAUCACGUAAAUAUUGUAACUUUAGUAUUGUAAACGCAUCUGAAAGUCACAAAAUCAUGUAAAUAUUGUUAGGAUUCAGAAGCUUAAAAGUCGUCACUUGUCUCAGCAUGAACUCACAACAAACUAAGAGAGACGUUGCUUGAAGUCCAAAAAACAGAACGAACACUGCAAAAAACAGAAUUGUAGAAAACAGAGUCUCGAGAGUUUGAAGAAGAGAUUAGAGAGAGAAGGAGAAGAUGGGAACACACACAAGAUUUAAGGAGUUCACGCCCAUUAACGAGGGUCGCUACAUCUCCCCAGACUACAGCUUGGAAUCCACUAGAAGGUAUACAUAUUACAAGAGCUAAAUGUGUUUCAAUCUUGUUUACACUUAUGAAUUCACUCUUUUGUAUAUCUCUCUAUGUAUCUCUACCAUCUAAUUAGCCUUAGUGUGGCUACUCCAAUUCUCUCUCACCUCCAUAAUGCAGCUUAUAUAGAGGAGACAUCCUCUAACCUAGCUUACAAGGAGACAAACAACAAAAGCUCCUCUUGUGGUCCCAAAAGCAGCAUCUAAAGCGCAUUUCCAAUGGUUCAUAUUCACCAAGUAUCUUAACAAUAAAAGAAAAAGAUAUUAAGAGAGAGUCAAAAGUAUUUUGCAGAAGAAGGUUUUAGAUAGCCUUCCUAAUCUUUAACGCUAGCUGUUUGUUUUCUAGUGGUCCAAGCUAAAACUUAAUUCAUUAAUAUAAUUCUAAUUAAAUAUUAAUAUUUUUGAAUUAAGAAACUAAAGCGAGGUUCUAACCGUAGUCAAUUUCUCUUUAACUAUAGUUCUUCUUUGCUUAACCCAUUUGAAGACUUGUAAACUUGCACAUCAAGUUCUCAAUUCCACAAAUAUGUUUGGUCAAAAAUCAAAUGCUAAAAAAAGGUACGUACGUCUCCAAUCUCCAUGCAUCGCCUAUAUAAACCCUACUCGGUCCAUUUGUUUUCAGAUCUUCAUACCACUCUCGAUCUUUCUCCAACUCUUUACAAAAAAAAUGGAUUAUUCAUACAACGUUCCCUCUGAUGAUCAAAACCCUGUUGCACUACGACCUCCUUCUUCUUCUUCUUCGUAUUUGACAAGAGAUCAAGAGCAUCAGAUCAUGGUCUCUGCACUGCGACAAGUGAUAUCUAACGUCGGGAGUGACACGUCAUCACCAAACGGGAUCACCAGCGGAGCUGAUCUUCCCCUUCCGGAUGCUGGUCCCUGUCCUCUCUGCGGCAUCACUGGCUGCUACGGCUGCGCUUUCCAACAGAGGGAUGAAGAGAUAAAAAAGGAGAAGAAACACAAAGGAGUAAGGAAAAAGCCAUCGGGUAAAUGGUCGGCGGAGAUAUGGGAUCCAAGUUCGAAAGUAAGGAGAUGGCUUGGAGUGUUUCCAACGGCGGAGAUGGCGGCGCGUGCAUACGACGAGGCUGCGGCUGAGUUUAUCGAGAGAAUAUCAGCGAGACGUGGCCAAAUGAACGGACAUGGAAUUAAGCGAAGGCGGAGAUGAAUGAGAAAGCGAGAAGAAAUGUUUUGGUCGGUGUGAGAGAUGGAAAUGCUAUAUUACAAAAGAAAACAUGAUUGGGUUUAGAUAUUUUGUAGUAACAGUUGCAAGAGUGUCUUAUGCUUCUUCUAUUUGUCUGAUUCUCUCAUAUUUCGGGUCCUGGAUCCAUUCCCCCAAGUUGGAUAUAAGAUGUAGCUUUGAAAAACAAGAUUGGGUUAGAUAUUUUUCUUGUCCUUAUGGGGCACAAAUACUUUGCUCAUCAUUAAUUAAUCUGAUGACCUGCCUAAAACAUCUAUCUUAAUGCUUCAUCAUGAUACAAGCUAAUAAACAUGUUACAUUUCCUGUUCAAUAUACAAAAAAA